AUGGGAGACUGUGAUUGGGCGCGAGCGGCGAGGAGACGACACGUGUCAGAGGGAAACGUGCGGCGGCGCCUGGUCGGCGUGGACGUCACAGACACGUCUGCCUUCUCUUCAGAAGCACAGAGCGACUCGGCUACAGCAAAAAGAAAAUGCAUGUUCCAGUCCUUUGGUCGUGGCAUCGUCCAAUCACAGGAAAACAGAGCAGAGUCUCCAGGGUUCAGCUGUGUGUCUCUGAAGAGUGACUGGUCCAUGUAUGAUCCUCCACUCUUCAGUAAUGAACCUGGACCCUCACACACAAAACAGAGAGCAGAGUCUCCAGGGUCCAGCUGUCUGUCUCUGAAGAGUGACCAGUCCAAAGGACUUACUCUAAACUUCAGUAAUGAACCUGGACCCUCACACACAGAGGAGAGGAAGAGGAGUCAUGUUUCUGAGGAGGAGCAGUCGUCCUGCUGUGCUUCGUGUCAGGACGUCCUGAAGGAUCCAGUCUCCACCAGCUGUGGACACUGGUUCUGCAGACAGUGCAUCACCUCAUACUGGGACCAGUCUGGUUCUUCAGGAGACUCCUCCUGUCCCCAGUGUGGACAAAGAUCCAGAACAGGAGCUGGAGGUCAGACAGCCGGUCAGAGCAGCACUGUACAAGCAGAUCGUGGUCUGCAGGAGGGUUUAGAUGAACAUAUGCUCAGUCUGAGGUGGAGAUGUGAACGUGUGACUGAAGGAAGUGAUGAAACAGGAAGUAGAAGCCUCCUCAACAGGAUCUACACUGAGCUCUACAUCACAGAGGGACAGAGUGAAGAGGUUAAUACUCAACAUGAGGUGAGGCAGCUUGAGACGGCUUCCAAGAUGAAGAUCCUCCACGACACUCCCAUCAAGUGCCACGACAUCUUUAAAGCCCCCACUGACCAGCAGAGCAGCAUCAGAGUCGUCCUGACCAACGGCGUCGCUGGCGUUGGAAAAACCUUCUCAGUGCAGAAGUUCACUCUGGACUGGGCAGAGGGUUUAGAGAACCAGGAUGUGGGUCUGCUGACUGUGCUUUCGUUCAGGGAGCUGAACCUGGUGAAGGACCAGCAGCACAGUCUCCUCACGCUGCUCCGUGUUUUCCAUCCAGCGUUACAGAAGCUCACGGCAGAGACGCUCGCUGUCUGUAAACCUUUGUUCAUCUUGGACGGCCUGGAUGAAAGCAGAUCUUCUCUGGACUUCAACCACAGGGAGCUUGUGUCUGAGGUCACACAGAGGUCAUCAGUCAACGUGCUGCUGACAAACCUCAUCCGGGGGAAUCUGCUUCCCUCGGCUCUCGUCUGGAUAACCUCCAGACCUGCGGCGGCCAAUCAGAUCCCUCCUGCAUGUGUUGACAGGGUCACAGAAGUACGAGGCUUCACUGACGCCCAGAAGGAGGAGUACUUCAGGAGGAGAUUCAGUGAUGAAGAGCUGUGCAGCAGAAUCAUCUCACACAUCAAGACGUCCAGGAGCCUCCACAUCAUGUGUCAAAUCCCAGUCUUCUGCUGGAUCAGUGCUACAGUUCUGAAGCACAUGUUGACCACAGACCAGAGAGGAGAGCUCCCCAAGACCCUGACUGACCUGUACUCACACUUCCUGCUGGUUCAGACAAAGAGGAAGAACAACAAGUACGGUGAGGGACAUGAGACGACUCCACAGCAGCUGACGGAGGCUGACAGGGACGUUCUCCUGAAGCUGGGGAGGCUGGCACUUAAACAUCUGGAGGAAGGAAACAUCAUGUUCUACCAAAGAGACCUGGAGCAGUGUGGUCUUAAUGUCACAGAGGCCUCAGUGUUCUCAGGAGUUUGUACUGAGAUCUUUAGAAGAGAGUUUGUGAUCUUUCAGAAAUCAGUCUACUGCUUUGUUCAUCUGAGCGUUCAGGAGUUUCUGGCUGCAGUCUACAUGUUCCACUGUUACACCAAGAAGAACACAGAAGAACUCAAUAACCUCUUGGGAAUAUAUGGGGACACAGACAGUACCUUCUCCCUGGAUGACCUCCUGAAGAGAACCAUGGAGAAAUCCCUCACCAGUACAAAUGGUCAUCUGGACCUGUUUGUUCGCUUCCUUCACGGCCUCAGUCUGGAGUCCAACCAGAGAGUUUUAGGAGGCCUGCUGGGUCGGACAGAGAACAAUCCAAAGAUCAUCCAGAGAGUCAUCAACAACCUGAAGGAGAUGCAGAGUGAUGGCAUUUCUCCUGACAGAAGCAUCAACAUCUUCCACUGUCUGACUGAGAUGAACGACCAUUCAGUUCAUCAGCAGAUGCAACAGUUCCUGAUGUCAGAGAACAGAUCGAAGGAGAAACUCUCUGAGAUCCACUGCUCAGCUCUGGCCUACAUGCUGCAGAUGUCAGAGGAGGUUCUGGAUGAUUUGGACCUGGAGAAGUUCAACACAUCAAACCAGGGUCGACAGAGACUCAUCCCAGCUGUGAGGAACUGCAGGAAGGCUCGACUGGAUGGUUGUCGACUCUCAGAGACUCACUGUGAAGUUGUGGCCUCAGCUCUGAAGUCAGACCCCUCACAUCUGAGAGAACUAGAUCUGAGUGUAAACUCCCUGCAGGAUUCAGAAGUGAAGCUCCUGUGUUCUGGACUGGAGAGUCCAAACUGUCGACUGGAGACUCUGAGGUUGAAGAACUGCAGUCUGUCAGAGAUCAGCUGUUCUUCUCUGGCUUCAGCUCUGAGGUCAAACCCCUCUCAUCUGAGAGAACUGGAUCUGAGUAACAACGACCUGCAGGACUCAGGAGUGAAGGAGCUGUGUGGUUUUCUACAGAGUCCAACCUGUCGACUGGAGACUCUGAGGUUGUGGAGCUGCAGACUGUCAGAGAUCAGCUGUUCUUCUCUGGCUGCAGCUCUGAGGUCAAACCCCUCUCAUCUGAGAAAACUAGAGCUGAGCUUCAACAGGCUGCAGGAUUCAGGAGUAAAGCUGCUGUGUUCUGGACUGGAGAGUCCAAACUGUCGACUGGAGACUCUGAGAUUGGAGGGCUGCAGACUGUCAGAGAUCAGCUGUUCUUCUCUGGCUUCAGCGCUGAGGUCAAACCCCUCUCAUCUGAGAAAACUGGAUCUGAGUAACAACGACCUGCAGGACUCAGGAGUGAAGGAGCUGUGUGGUUUUGUACAGAGUCCAACCUGUCGACUGGAGACUCUGAGGUUGGAGAGCUGCAGUCUGUCAGAGAUCAGCUGUUCUUCUCUGGCUUCAGCUCUGAGGUCAAACCCCUCUCAUCUGAGAGAACUGGAUCUGAGUAGAAACGACCUGCAGGACUCAGGAGUGAAGGAGCUGUGUGGUUUUCUACAGAGUCCAACCUGUCGACUGGAGACUCUGAGGUCAUUUCACUGA